GGCGAGAAAGGAGGGUGGAAAAGGCGCAUGCCAGUUGUGCCGUCGCCGCGUUACGAAUCGGCCAACAGCCUGCUACCGCCCGGCUUCUCCCGGUAUCCUCUCUCUCUCUCUAUUCUCUCUCUAUUUCUCUUUCUCUCCUCUAUCCAGUCUAUCGGAUCACAGCCGUGUCUCAGUGUUCCUCGCGAGUUACCACCGCACAGUGCCUCCCGCGAGUCGUCGUCCGAUCAACCGCGUUAUCUCUCCGCCUUGUUUCGACAGAAAAGUUUGUCGCUCGUCCAAAACUGCAUCGUCCGCCAAAUCGGAUCGAUUGUUUUUUUUUUUCCUUUAUAUAUACAUAAUCAAAGCAACCGUCUCCAGAAACGAUAUUUCUCACGUAUAUUCAUACGUUCCUUCCGUUCGAUAAUAUUACGUUUCACGUGCCGGCGCGUGGAAAAGUGCGUCUCGUCCCACGAGCACCUCUUUUUUUCCAGGAUAAGAGGAGAGAGAGAGAGAGAAAAAGAGAGAAAGAGAAGUGCGCGAGAUCUCGAGUGUUGUGCGAAAAUGGAUUUUCACGAAGGGAUGGAUAUUCAAGGCUGGGACAAAGGCUCGCCUAUUCCUUUGAAGCCGGAACCGGCGGAUUUACGUAACGGAACGGAAGUUUCUCUAGUUCUUUAGCUUCCAGAGUACGCCUAUAUCCGAUAUCUCGUGUGCAACAAUCGCGCAAUUUGGAAGGAGGAGAAUGGUUGUUACUGGUGUUGAGAUAGGGAGGGAGAUAGGAGGAAAGUAAAGUGUUUUUUCGGGCGGGAUCACGGAGUUGAAGAUGGGAAUAAUUUUAUAUCUCGUACGUUUCUAGGAUAUUCUAGAAACAGACGUAACUUGAAGCUCAAUAGAACCAACUAGAUAGAUAUGGAACAUAACAGAAUUUUUUCGCGUAUGUUAUUCUGUGUAUCAUAGUGUAUCAAAGUUCCUAGUUUCGUUCGUGAAAAUUGUUUGCAACUUGGAGAGUAUAAUGAGAAAAUCUCGUUGGGGGAAAAAUGUCAUGGUAGACGAAUGCAACGGUGGGGAAUGGUCGUCGUAGUGCGUGGAUGAAAAUGUGAUGCAAAAAGAGACGGAGAUCGAGUGAAUUGAAAUCGAAGCCGUGUGAAGCCUUGUUGUCGUUGUUCGAUGCGCCAUCAUCAUGUUCACCUGUCUCUGGAACUUCUUCGACUGGCUCGACCAGCCGGUGACCAGCUCGACGUCCGGAAUGGACAGCAAAAAGGUUGUCCAGGCGGCACCGGUCCCCGUACCUGUCCAGGUACGUAGCAAGAACGAUGGCUCGGGAGUGGUGGCAGCGUCCGUGUCGGGGGUACGGAGACGAAGCGGCUCCCAGGGUUUACGAUCGCCCGCCGCCAAGAGGCCACUCUCCGCCCCCGUGGCUCUUCAGGGAUGGCUACACAAACAGGGAUCCGAGGGGCUGAUGCUGUGGAAGAAACGGUGGUUCGUCCUCUCCGAGUACUGCCUCUUUUAUUACAAAGGUCCCGAAGAGGAGAAAUUAUUGGGUUCGAUAUUGUUGCCAUCGUACAGAGUUACCGUGUGCAAACCGGAGGACAAGGUUAACAGGAAGUUCGCGUUCAAAGCUGAACACGCGAACAUGAGGACGUAUCACUUCGCGGCCGACAGCCGUGAGAGCAUGAACCAAUGGGUGAACGCGUUGACUUUGGCGACCCUGCUUCAGGAUCCAAGCCCCGGAGGGGGCGAGGCGGCAGUGGUGAUCGAGAUAGGAGGGGGGCAGCAGGAGGGCGAACGAAGCGCGAGGCCCAGCGUCUCCUCCAUAUCCUCGAUCCUGAACCAGAGCGCGGACGACAGCGAUUCGGGUUUCCACGGUUUCCAAUCGCGGGACGAUCCCAGCCACGCGUCCAACAACAACUCGAGCCCGAACAGCGUGAACACCGCCUCGUUUCCGAACCUGAGCGGCAGCAACAACGGGAACAGCAACAAUGGGAAUAGCAGCGGCAACAACGCCAACAAUAACGCCACCAUCACCGUCACCAACAACAACAACAACAACAUCAGCCUCGCCGGGAACAACAACAACAACAACACCACCAACGACGUUCAACCGAUGGUGAACGGUUGGAUCCAACAACAGCAAUCGCCUUACGGCCAACCGAGCACUUCUCAACAACAACAACAAUACGGCCAAUUGAUAUCAUCCGUCGUGAUGGCCGGCCAACCGUCCCUGCAACAAACCCACCACCACCACCACCACCAAGCGUUGCUCCACCAAACGCACCUUCCCCACCCAACUGCUACCCAGAUCCUUCAACACAACAAGCAACAACAACAAUCUCAACAACAGUUGCCCAACGUGCAAACUGUCCAACCUAUGCCGAGGAAAUUCGGCCAACCGAUCUACGCGAACGCGCCGCCUAAACCCAGGCGGAUAACCGACGGCUCGACCGAGUACUCCACCCCCUCCCCGGACCCCGACUACAGAAAAUCGCCCGUCUCGCCGGACGUCGCAAGCAUGGCAGGCGGCAAGAGUCCAAUGCCCGACUACGAAAGGAGUGGCGCGAUCUAUGGUGGGGCGGGUAGAACUGUUGCCGGGCAACAGAGCCUCAGGACUGAUAAGUCCGGCCUGAAUUACGGUUACGGGGGGGGGCAGGUGCAGGCGCAGACCGAGCGGCGCACGCCCGACACGUACGGUCGCAGCGCGGCUAAACCGCGGCCGGGGAGAGGGAACGGGGACUACGAGGAGGUUUACGGGGCGCCCCAGUUGUACCAGAGGCCGGCAGGCCCCGUCGGCUACACGAAGGGGGCCUCGCCCGCCCCGAUCCCGAUCCCCCUUUACGCGCAACAACAGCAACACCAUCAUCAGUACCAGCACCAGAUACAUAUCGCGACCACGAACGUGCCGAUAAUGAGACAGCCGAGGGCGCAGCCACCGCCACGGCCGCACAGCGCUGACUUCUUGGAGUACGAGGCGAUCAGGAAGCCUCAACAGCAGAUGCCGCCGCAGUGCGAGGAAUCGGUGAACCAACAGAGGCGUCCACAGAGGCCUAAAUCGAGUUUAGACAUCGUCACUCCGUCGGACGCAGCGAACGAUGGAUACUUUUAUUCCGAGGAAAGAUACGCGGCACAGAUGCGGCAAUCCGCGGUUUAUCUCCACCAGACGCCCCAGCAUCACCAGCAACAAAGGAACCAAUCGCUUUCCCGGACGACAAUGCCCUCGAAAGCGACCGGGAUCCGCGACAGAAGCGUAGACGAAAGUAGGAUAGCUACGCUACCGGAAGUUUCCUGCUCGGGCCUGAGGCGGGGACAACACGUUCAUCAGCAACACGUGAUACCUCACCAAUCGCUCCAACGGCAUACCGAAAUGAGCAGCAACGAGGCGAAGCUGAGGCGGUCGUUGCGGGAGAAGAGUUACGAGGCGAGCAGCCGAGAAAUGCUGAGUCACAUGGCGGAGGAAGGGACGGUGCCGCGAAGAAUUCCACGCGAGUACGAGUGUUCGAUGGGGUGGGGAAACAGGGGGACGAGUCAGGGUAGCGCUCACGUGGGCCAACCGUGUCACGCUCCUCACGCCGCCGCCAGACGAUGGAACGAGCAGCAACAGUUCUGCAGGUCGGCGUCCGCGCGUCUACCGAGGACCAGGCACCCGGCCACCUUGGACCCCGACGACGACGAUUACGAACGAUCGUCCGAGCAGGACUCGCGGGAUGGUGAACGAAAGAUACAACAGCGCGAGGAGUCGAUGAAGCGGUUGCUGGAAUGGAAGCAGCGGAUGCUGCAGUCGCCGCUCACCCGGAAGCCGUCGGCCUCGGCGAACAGGGGCCGCGCGCAGAACGAGCUGUCCACGUAUUACAAACAGCAGGCGCUGCUCGAUCUCGCUGCCCACGAGGCGUCGGUCGCCGAGGGCCGCCACUCGAGGCGAAGGGAGGAAGGUGGUGGUGGUGGUGGUGGUCAUCGGCCGCACGCGCGCAGCAAGAGCACGGACGGGAGGAGGACUGUCGCGAACGUUUCGCGGUACAACAGCUACUCCAGCGACGACGAAGAGCUGGGAGAUGUCCGGAGGAAGCGAACGCGCAGACCCUCGCAUGCAGGGAUAAGGAGCCCCCGCCACCACUCGGCAAUCGGAGACAACAACAACAACAACAACAACAAUCGUGCGCUGGCUAAUUCGAAUCAAGAUGACGGGAUCCAUCGCGGGACUAGUAGCAGCUGCGGCGGCGGUUACCACCAUCACCACCACAACAGCAACAACAAUCAUCACCACAACCACCACCACCACUACCAGACCGCGCAAAACGGUCGACGGACGGCGACCAACGACCGCCGGCCGAGCCCCCCACCCCAUCCGUCUCCCCACCCGGGCGGUAUACCGCCGGACGCGGGCUACGAGGAGGUAAGCUUCCCGUCCCCCCCGCGCAUCGAUCCACCCGCCGCCACAGUUGGCGUCCAACUUCUUCCCACGGACGAGAAGCAGCAAAGGUCGAACAAGGAUCGAUCGAGGACCGAGCUCGACGGUGAGGAGGAAGAGGAGGAGGAGGAGGAAGAGAUAGACAAAGAUGGCGAAAAGAAACGCGGGAAAGAAGAGAGAAAGAAGCCCGUGUCCGGUAUACUGAAGACGUGCACGGUUUACGGCAACAAGGAGCAAUCACAAUUACAAGGGAGAAGCGGCGGUUCGUACGUUAGCUCGGAUACGUGGCCUGGCCAGAAGACGGUGCAGUGGAGCGGAGGGGGGAGAAGAGAGGGAGAGGAUGACGAUUGGGACGAGGCGAACGCGGACAUGGAGAGCAAGGUGGUGAGGGAAUUUUCUUAUCAGUACAUAAAGCCUAGAGAAGAAGGAGGGGAAGUAGUGGACAGAAGCGAGUUAGAGGUUAGCGAGAACAACAAUCUCGUGCGGUACAGGAUACGCUCGUUCGAGAAUACGUUCCUGGUCGACGGCGUUAAGGAGGAGGAGGAGUCGCUCGCUAUGCAGCAACCGUUGAAGGUGUCCCCCCUCCAAGCGACCGAGGCCCACGUCUCGAAGCUCGAGUGCGCGAAAAGGAAGAAGAGAACGCCUACCACCACGUCUUCGAUCAUACGGAAUUUCGCUCUUGGUGGUGGUGGUGAGCCGGGCACGCGACACGGUCGACGAUCCACGGUCAACGAUUCGACGGAGGGGGACGGGGGCCACGCGAAGCAAGCGUCCACGGACAGCAACAAAUCCGUGAAGGAUUUGUUGGCCGAUUUCGAGAGGAAGUCGCGGCAGGCGCGGGAGUACGGCGGGAAAACGGUGGCCGAGGUGAGGCAUCGUGGCGUGUUCAGCGACUCGGAGGCGUUGUUGUACGACGACACCGGCAGCGAGGAGAAUGGAAGGGAGAGCGAGAAGAACGUCGUCGAUAUUCACCGUCAUCGUCCUCGUUACGAGGAUCACGAACAAAUUGCUUCGAACAGGAAGAGAGGCGAGCUAGCUUUCAGACGCAAGAAGAGACCAUCUCCCGGCGAGAGUGUAACCGAAAUUCAAACCGAGGAGGAGGAGGAGGAGGAAGACCCGAUCCUGGACGAUGGCCUGUCUAACAAUCCAACUCGAGGAGGAGGGAGGUUAAGCGUGACCGAGUCCCUGUUGACCCACGUGGACCGGGGGGAGCGGUCGUCGGGGGACGAGAGCGGCACGGCGAGCCCCACGAUAAAGCAGGAGGAGUCGGUGAGCCCGCCCGAGGAGCACUACCUUCCCAUGUCGCCGAGGAAAGCCAUACUGGACCCGAACGACGAGAACAGGCCGAAUCCGAAGAUGAUGGAGACCCUGUUCGCGAAUUUGGGCCACGAGGAGAGCUCUUACGUGGAGAUGGCGCAGAACGGGAUAGGCCGCUCCCUCCUCGGCCCCUCGCCGGGCGUGGAGGGGGGCAGGCACGAUUCGGGCGACUACUCGACACUGAACGACAACAGCAACGCGCCCCACUACGAGUUCGUCUGCGUCUCGGACAGCAAGAUGGAGCCCGUGUACAUGGAGGUGAGCCAAUUGGCCGGGGAGGGGGAGGGGGAGGGGGAAGGGGAGAGGGGCGGCAAGAAGAGGAGCGGCGAGAAGGGGAGGUCGCGCGACGGCUCGAGGACCGAUCUACCGGAUAUCUUGACCGCGUUGAAGUCGGACAGCUCGGACGCGGACGACGAGUCGUCCAAGGAUCUCGACUCGAUCGACGCGCCCCGCCACCCGAGGUUCAGCCUGUCCGACACGUUCAGGCCCGCCUCGUAUUAUCUGGGCGCGAGCCGGGCAAUGAUAGCCGAGUUGCACGAUUCCUCGGACAGCGAGCUGGUCUCCCCGCCACCGAUCCCGACCUCCCCCCCGCCCUUGGACGAGUUGGACUCGCAAGAGGACACGCAAGAGUCCUCCUCCCUCGAGAUGAAGAAAGUCUCGCCCCAGGUUCCCGUCACGAGGACGGCGGAGGGCGGCAACAACAACAACAACAACGGCAAGCAGCAGCAAGGGGGGCAGCAUAUCGAGGGGGGUCACCAUCACAGACCACCCUCGAGGUUCUCGGACGCGACGAUCAGCUCGGCGUUCAGGGACAGUCGAAUCUCUCUGGAGAGCGCUUCGGGCAGCGACUCGGUCGUGGUGGCGGACUUGGCUUCGUCGAGGACGGCCGAGGAGGAGGCCAGGCACAGGCAACUGAAAACGAGGCCUGUGAGCGAGGUGUGCGAGGUCCUGGACAGCUUGGACGAGUUGGAGUCGCUUGGAAGCCGGUUCGACGGCGCGAGCAUCGACCUGGAUCGGUAUCUGGACGAGCUGCAGGCCAGGGACGCGUUCAACGUCGACCUGUUCAACGCGAAAGUUACGCCGGGUUACAGCAACAUCUACGGGUUCAACGAGGGAAUGAUGGGGGGAGUGGAGAAGCCAACGCGGAAGGCGACGAUGAUCUGUCACGAGCCGUCGAGAAGAUUGAACAGGGGGGGAGUUGGAAACCCUCCUGGUUUCGAGGAUCUCGAAUCGAGGUACGGGAACAAGAUGGGAUCGGCGAGCAGUUUGCCCUCGAUGAGGGUGAGCGACGCAGCACCACCCUCCCACCAGCAUUCGCAAUCGUUCACGGGGGACGCGCAUUACGAGAACAUCUCGAGCUUCUCCCCCCUCAGAAGCUCGCCGGCUGUUCGAACGCCCGAGAACGAGAGCAACGGCAACCACAGGCUUCGAAUUGGGUCCCAGAGUAAUCUGUUGUCCCACAGCAGAGAGUCGAGCUACUCGCUGGCCGCGUCGAUUUCCACCUCCAUGGCUUGCCAGAGGCCAGCCAGCGCCCAGUCCUCGUCCAUCCACCACCACUCUCCCACGGGCUCGAAUCUGACGGUUGGCAACGCGACCGGGACCCCCCCACCCUAUCCCGAUCAACAACGUUUCCAGAAUCAUCACUCGAGGUCGGCCAGCCAGGAUUCCGCCCGAUACUCGAUCGUGUCGAACCGCAGAUCCUCGUCGAGCCAGGAUUCCACCCACUAUCCAAGCCCGAACACGGUCAAACCGAAUCCCUCGGCCGUAUGCCCUCAAUCGUAUUUGCCCGGCGAGCCUCGUCCCCACAGUCAGCAAUCAAGCGCCGCCCCGUAUUACUAUUCCGAUCUUCAAGCGAGCGCGAGCACCGUGGAUACGGUGGCCGAGACGAGGGAGAAACCGCCUAUCGGCCACACGUCGAGGUUGCCCCAGUUGAACAAUCAGAGGGACGACGCAUCGGCCAUGAACAACAAGAGGAACGACAUAGGCCGUAUAGUGAAUCCGAUCUCGAGGCAGCCACCGCCCCCUCCCAGACAGAUCCAGGUGGACGACAUCGACGAGGCGAGGCGGAUCGCCGCCGAGCUCAGGAAGACCACGUGCCAACUGUUGGGCGACAACAAGGUGGAUCUCGUGGACAAGAAGAACUUUUACGAGUCGGACACGCUGAGGAGGGUGAAGUCCACCGAUCCUUUGCCCGAUAUAUCCUCGCCCGAGAUCAACACCAGGAACCUGUACCCGCACGGGUUGCGGGACAAGUCGAACGGCCAGCAGAAUCGGGGGGAGGCGUUCGACGCGUCGCAGACUACGUCCCACAGAAGAUCGAGAUCGUUGGAGGGCCUGUUGGACGACGUAGGGCUUCAGAAUCUGGUCGAGCAACGGAACAGAAGUAAUCGCGUGGCCACUGUUCAACCCACUCACACGGAACUGCACUCUUCCUCGAACACCAACACCAACAACAACAAUAACAAUAACAACGACACAAUAGCCAUCGACCAAGUCUCUCCCUCGACGACGAGCAACUUCAACGCGGACGAUCCUUGGGAGCAGGAUUUCCUGUGGAGGGAGAGUCUUCGAAGGGUGAGUUUAAGGAACGCGAGAUCGUUGGACAAUCUGGACAACCAACCGCCGAGGCAACAGGCAACAACUGCCGCGCCUAAUACGGACUCGAAGGGAGCGAGGAACAAGAUCACUCGUGGCGCCACCUACGUGAACGACAGCGUGAUUCUGUCGAGAGGGAGGGAGAACUUGUGCCCCCUCGAGGACAGGCCUCGAGUGAAGCGGAGAGGCAACAAGGGGCAGCGAGAGGGUGGGAGGGACGAGGGGGAGGAACAGGAGGAGGAGGUGGUCGACGAUCUGACCUAUGAGAGCCUGUCGAUGGAGCGGAUUCACGCGGGGGGUUACGUGUGGGACGCGCAGAACGAGGCCUAUCGCAAGGCGACCGUCGACGCGACCGUCAGCACCGCCACCGUCGCCACUAGCGCCACCAUCGCCACUAGCGCCACCACCACCACCACCACCGCGACCACGAACACUGCUACGAUCAUCGAGGACAGAGAUCAUUUUUUAGAGGAAGGCAACCUUCCCUCGGUUCGCUCGAUCUCCGCGUCCGCGGCGUUCGAGCUCGAUCGGGAGAAGCUGCGACAAUGGGACCUGUUGUCGAGCGCCUGCUUACUCCAGGAACAGCAACAGCAACAGCAGCAGCAACAGCAGCAGCGCAGCUCGAUGGCGGACUCGGGGCGAGGGUUGCCAAUCGUGGAACGGACUGGAGACGUUCUCGAUGUCGCGUCGAGGAACAGUGGCGCCGUCAACGCGUUCUCGUUGACCAAUCACGAUCGAGAUGUCGUUCUGAAGGCGCUCGAGUGCAAGGGUAUCGUGCAGGCUACCACUUCGACGAGCACGAUUACGAGCGACAACAGGCAACAGCUGAACGAGAAGAGCAAGAAGGAGGCUUGUAACAGGGCUGCAGCGUCCGGAUCCGGAUCGGUGAUAGGAAGGGAUCCGCUUCCGCCGAGGGCUGUCAGCACUUCGCAACUCGCUCAAAGGACUCAAACUCAACCCCCGGCUACGGUGUCCACCCUUCCGUUGCCGAGGAGCAAUGCCACGCACAGGCAGCCCCUGCCCCUCCACCAGUCCACCCCUCAAUCGGUCAGACAAUCGGAAAACGACGCGAGCAAUUCGCAGCUAUUACGAGUCGCCAGCAAUGGCGACAUCGGGACAGGAUCUGCAAUGUUGAACAACAACAACAACGAUGGAAAGGAAAUAAGGUUAACUUCUCCGGGCGGGCACGCAACUCAACGAUUGAUGAGUCCGGCCGGAGCGUUAAGGGUCAUUUCCAUGAACGACCACCGUGUCUCUAGCCCUAGUGACAGCGACAUACGAGUUCACAGCCCAAUUGAAAGGAAAAUGGUGAGCCCAAUCGGCAGAGAAGUGGAUCGUGGUGGAGGCACGGCUAUUAGACAGAAUCAACGUGUAUGGGAGUACAACGAGUUGCUGCACAAAAGGAGCAACCAGCGAGCAGAGGUUGGGUGCAAGUUGGCGCACCAGCAAGGAGCCCACGGACUGGUUCGCGUUUCCGCCGGUGAACUCCUCGGCAGGACCCACGAGGAGUUGGUGCUCCUGCUGAUCCAGCUACGCCGGCAGAACGCCACCAUCUACAAAGCUAUGGAGACCUGCCAGAUGGAGAUCGAGGCACAGGCUAGAUUGGCAGAACUCGAUACACCGCGACGAUUGGAGAACCUUCAGAAGCUCGACGAACUGAAGAAACACCUGAUGGAUCUCGAGAAGCAGUACGAGAAGGGCAAGCCGCUGGUGAAUCUGGUCGACAAUAUGGUGAAGUUGGGCUCCCUGUACAAUCGCAACACUGCCAAUGGGACCAACAGUGUAUCCGGUUCGCGACACGAUCUGGCGCACGACAAUUCGAGGGAUCAUCGGUUGGAAUUCAAUCAGAAGGUGCAGGAGCAGCGUUUGCUCGCCGAGGAGCGAAGGGACUGGGACCGAUUGAGCCCCGACCACGGACAAUUACAGGCCAAGGUGCAGCAGCUCUACAAACUGGAUCGGUUGCUCCAGGAGGAAUCCGGAACACUUCACAGUCUUCAACAAGACAAGGAGAUCCUGGAAAAAGCUCUAGGCGGCCUCCGGCACAAACUGCAAGGAAGCAGGAGCAAUUUGGCGGAGGCGGAGAGAUACAGGAAGCAACAGCUUCUGUUGGAAAAAGAGCUGAGCAGAGUGAGGGUGUUGUUGGCGCACAACUCGAAGGUAAAGCCGGUAUUCUUCCAGAAACUCGAGGAGACGGUGGCCGAGAACGCGAGAUUGGAACAAGACCUGGUCGUGCUUCGACAGAAGCUUCAAGCGUCGAGAAGAUACGCGGGGAACGUGAGCAGGGACACUUCGGCAACCACUGGCCCCCUCGAAGCGGAAUUGAGACGGGUUCAACAAUUGGUCGGUGAUCUGCAGAGACAACGAAAGGAAUUGAGUAUUCAAGUUAGACAGCUCACAGAGAAGUCUCAUAACUUGGUGCAGCAGAUCCGACCGCAACCUACUUCUGCUCCUCAAGUGCACCAGCCGAAGAAGCGGACGCAAAACUCUUGGUUGGAGACCGAUCUCGAUUCCGGAAUAACUUUGGAUCACGGUUUGGAUUCACCAUCGAGUCCAGCGUUGUCCUCGUCGCCCCGUGGCAAGCAGAACGGCGGACCGUAUCCGCAUUUCAGUUCACCGACGCAGAUCAAAGACUCGUCACCCACGAGUCGUCAGCAAGCCAACCUGCAAUCGUAUCCCCAAUCGCCGCAGAAUCAUAUUUCUUCGCUCUCUCCUCAGUUACGCGAACAGAUCCAUCAGCAUCAGCUGAAGCAACAGCUUCUCAAGGAUCAGAUGCAAGGGAAAGGAAGCCUUAUACAAGCUAAUGUCGCUCCGUUGUAUAUAAACACGGAUUCUAGAAUUCAAGAGAACAACAAGCAAGACGGGAAUCUGACAAAUGGUGCAAUUCUUCCACCUGAGUACAUUCCACCUCCACCGCCGCCACCCUUGAACGAAGAAGCGUUGCUGAACGAUAAUUACAGACAGAACGAGGACAACAAGUUUACCGGCUUGAUCCACAACCGUGAGAAACAAGAGAUUAAGACCGUGCGAAUAGUGAAGCGGGAGUCGGAAAGACGGCAAAGAGAUAGAGGAGACAGAACUGGAAACAUUGGAAUUCCAUUAACGAACGGGCUUCAGGCGCCCGGGGGUGCGAAGAGAUUGUGCGACGAUGAUUUAGGAGGUUCUCAGAAGUUCGAGAAGGCUCAAUUAGGAAAGGUGGUAGAAGAGUCGCCGAUGAUUCACGCCCAAAGCACAGUCCAGUUGACGGACUUGGACGACGUGCAGUUCCAAAGAAGCAUGUCCUUGCCGAGAGGUUUCGGCGGGCAACGGCUGCAACAGCCGGAGAUCCAUCAAGUUCCGGUUGUGCCUCCUCCUAGAAGCGAUAGCAUGCACGCCUUGAGAACAAUGCUGGCCAGACGUAACAAGGUCAGGUUCGAAACGCAACAGGAAGGAAGCUCGGACAGUACUUUGUCGCCGUACACGGAGAGCCUCGCCUCGAGCACGCAUCUUCCUAUCAGCUCGCCAAAUUACUCGACCAGUCCGUCCUACAGUCCUAGUAGCCACCAGCAAAAUUACACGAUCAAAUCGAGCCAUCAUCAUCACCACCAUCAUCAGCCUCCGUACUAUACACCGUACAGGCAAUAUGGCGAGAGUGUUCAAGAAGCGAUAAGCCCGGAAUUGUUGUCGUCGAGCAACCUAGAAGGUCAGGAGAAAGCUUACGGCUCGUCGCUGAAUGUAAACACGCCGAGCUCGCCUCAAUUGUCGCCCGUGUUCAAGAGCGAGGCAGCGAGACAGAUUAUCAAGGAGAUGACAGAGAAAAAAGUCGAGGGGCCGAGACGCAGGCAGAUCCCUCGCGAGAAAAGGCGACACUAUACCGUGUCCAGUAGCAAACCUGUCCUCGACUUAGAGGAUACGUUCUCAAAGAUGGGAAUGGGAAGAGCUAGAGACGAUCUGGACAUGGAACGUGCGCUCAGGCCGAGGAUCAACGCUCCGGAUGUCGUCAGAUCGACUUUGAGCCACAAAGAGUUGAAGUAUAACGAGAGCACUAUCGAUCAACUUUUGGGAACGCCGAAUAAGAUCGUGAUUCCCGAAAGAUACAUACCCGAACAGACACCGGAGUUAACCGCGGAAGAGCAGGAGCAACGAUUGAAGAAAGCGGAGGCAAUAAGGAAGAUGUUGUCUGAAACAACCGUGACCGCGCCAGACGGAAGUGACGACAAUAUUAACAUUGAGCAAUCUGAUAGCUUGAAGAGAAAAGUAGUGGAAGAAAAACGGCAAAGGGAACAUAUUCUACAAUUGAAUCAAAUUUUAGCUAAGCAAGUUAUGGAAAAGAGCAAAAUGGUGGCGGUGAAAGCACUGGCUACCCUUCCUUUGAAGACCGAAUCGAGCUUAGAAGACGAGGAUCUCUCGCCUGUAACACCAUUACCACUAUAUCAGCAGAGGGAGAACUAUUACUCAUAAGAAAAAUGAGAAUAGAGAAGACAAAAUCUCUCGCACAGCUGACAAAUCUUUUUAGCACAAAGUGAAAACGUUACUGCCAGCCCGGAACAACAGAGAAAUCUCAAACAUCUUUCUUCUUCAAACAUUUUUUGAAAUUUCAUAAAAAGGUGGUUUACCUGACACUUGCUAUUAUGAUUAUAUUAACGAUUUAAGAAAAAGAAAAAAAGAUGUUUUUUUUUUUUAUUUGCAUCGAUAUUGUACAUAAUCAUCGAUUUAAUAAACUGAUAAUAAAUAGCUAUCCUCUGGAUUGUCGAUAAGAAUUAGUAAUGUAAUGGAUGUCGAGCAAAAUUAGAUGAAUGAUAUUUACAGAAGAAAAUAGUAAAUAUCCAAAUGAAAUUAUUUCAAAAAUAAAGAAACUUUUAAUUUUUUUUUUUUUUUUUCAUAGUUCAAUCGACUAAUAAUAGCUUAUAUUUACUAUUUUCUACUUGAAAUGUUAUGAUCAUUUAAUUGUGACGUCGAGACAGGAUGGUUUCAAGUUUCGACUCGUAUGAAACUUUAAUCGUGUCAUUCAUUGGAUUACUGAAUCUAUGUUAAGAACGCUUUUAACAAGAAAUUUCGAUGAAUAUUCUACUCUUGUACGGUCUUAUACAGUUUUUAAACGAUAAGCACAUAUAAAACUUCAUCAUUAUAAAAUUAAAGACUUAUUAUGAGGCCUAUAUUUCAUAAUGUAAAUGUUGCUCGAACGUAAAUUAUUCUAACGAUAUAAUAUUCUGAGACCAUUUAUGCUUGACGCCAUACUGCCUCGAUGUUUUCUCUUCUAUCACGAAGAGAAUGCUUUCACAAGUUUCUAUCACUAGCAAUAACAAUAAUAAUAAUAAUAAUAACAAUAACAAUAAUAUUAAUAUUAAUAAUAAUAAUAACAAUAAUAACAACAACAACAAUAAUAAUCAUAAUAUUAAUAAUAAAUUAAGAAACAGCGAUCGCACAAUGCGGUUUAUUUAGAAAAUGACUGUAAUCGAAUUCCUCUAACUCGUAUGAAUGCUGUUAUUUAGGAAAGGAAUCAAGUAUAAUGAUAAAAUAAAUAUUCAGGAACAUGGUUAAUCACUGAGUUCGGCUAAUAUUAGAUAAUUUGAGUGUUAUUCCAAUUUCUUGCUAUAAUUACUAUAAUUUGUCAAAAAAAAUAUUACUUAGAUUCUAACAUUAAUUCUUAUGUAAUUUCAAUUUCCAUUUAAUCAACUUUAUUCUUUUUGUAAUUCUUCCAUUAAUAAAAGUUUCAUUUAUAAAUUACGUAUUAGCCGAAUUCAGUUUUUGUUUAUUACACGAAACCAUGCUUUGCAAACUCGUCUUUCAAUUUUGAAUUUACAUUUACAUUUAUAUUUACUAACGUUAAUAGCAAAUAAUUUAUUGUAUGUAUGUAUAUAUAUAUAUAUGUAUAUAUUGCAACGAGUUUGGGAAUCAUCGGUUUAAAUUGGUUUAUAUAAGAGGAACAAAUAUGUAUAUUAGAAAUAAGAUAGAAUAUAAGGUUGCGUUUACGCUAGGUGCUAUGAGCAACGCAACAUAGUCAAAUAAUGAAUAAACAUAACCUCUAAAUAACGAUCAUAUUGAACUGACUGAGAUGAGUCAUUUUUAGAUAUAAAACACCGAUCGAGGGUAUACGAAAUUAUUGGAAAUAAAUUCUUCGAACAUCUGUGUAUACUCAGUGCUUUGUUUUCAAUAUAUAAAGUGUAAUGAUUGAAUCAUCAAUGAAAUGUUCAAAAUUAUAUGUCAACUAUCUUAUCAUAAGAAUUUAUAUUGCUCGUGUGGAUAAAUCGAAUAACACUUGUUCCAAUCAAGAAUAAUCUAACAAGUGAAAAACCAAUAAAAUUAUACAAAAUAUUUCUUAAUAUUAAAAAGAUUAUUCACUCAACUUUUUUUUUAUAUAAAAUCUCUUACUCAACAGAAUAACGAUAAAAUGUUUAUUGAUAAAAAUAUGUGUUAUCAUUGAAAGUCUGCUAAUUAUUAUUAACUAUAAAGGAUAAUUAUACAUCGUAUGAUCGUUGACAAAAAGUGAACGUGAAAUUUAACAUGAUAUUAUUAUAUAUUCUGCACGUUUGAUCGGUGUUUCCAUCCAUAAAUUGCUCCAAUUUCAACACAGUCAAAUGCAUAUGAUUUAUAUGACUCGCUCGAAUCAUUCGAGUAUUCUAUUCGACACUUUUAUUACAAACUUUCUCGUACAGAUAAAUGCAUUUGACUCGAUGCUGAAUCACUCGUAAUUUAAGAAACACGUAACACAUAUGUACGCUUUAGAAACGUCCUAUAAACAACGCGUUCUACUUUCGCUACUUUCAACUUUUCGAAGUAGCGUGUAUUUAUGUUUUUUCUAAGGUCGUUUCUCGUAUUAUUUAACGAAGGGAGAAGAAUAAGCUUUGAAGAAAGUGCGACUAGAUAAGUUAUGUGAUAGGAACUUAGAUGCGUGCAACAAUCGUUCGAUGUCGGAAUCCAUUUAAUGGAAAUCGAUUGUCGGCGUGAUCUUCGAUAUAAUCGAAACUUAAUUCUUUGAAGCGAUAAUUGAAUUAAUCGCAAUUAUUAUUUUUCUUAUUAUCGUAAGAUUAAACAGUUCAGAACAUUCUUCCAAUUUUUUUCCUGCAAAUAUCAAUUUUUAUUUCUAUCCAUAUUACGAUAAAACAAAUUAGAAAGAAAUAACCUAGAUAACAACGCUUCAAAGAAUUGAGAUACAGCAUUUAGACGCGAAGCGUCGCAAAGAUGGACGAAUGUUUAUAUGCUAUCUUGCACUGUUGUAGCCUGUUAAAAAAAAAUCGUAGAACGUUCGAGCGAAAUUGAAGUGUGCCAAAUUAUAUACGCAAAAGCAGAUCGAUCGCGAAACACGGCGACUGCUCGUCAAUUAAAAGAGAGAAAGAAAGCGAGAAAAGAGAAGGAUGAAACCAGCUAAGACUAACGCUCAGCACAAAAAAAAAAGUGAGGUUAAACGUAAGGAUCUUCCCUCGACGACUGUCAAAUACCGAGAAAAAAGGUAUCUCGUUAAUCAUGCUAAUUAAGAGAUGCGAUUUCUAUUAUAUGAGAAAUUCUGUAUGGUCCACAGGCAUCAAUGUUAGAAAUAAUUUUUUACGAUACGAUGAUCCGUGUAUACGAUGUAGGAUGAAACGCACGGUGAAAUCCAACGAUCGUAUCACGAUCACUCCUCUCGAGAUCGGGAAGAAGAGAGUUUAAACUCGCGAGGAAUGGCCGUUUAGCGCAAUCGUUACCAUCGUGCCCUUUUUAAGAAUUUUCCCUUAUCGGAUGGACAUACCACCAUCGCGAGUAAAUUAAAAUUAUAAACAUCGAGGGUUCGAGAAAAAGGAAAGAAACGACGAUGCGUGUGUUCAUCGUGAAAACCUCGACAUACCCAUUGGCCCUAUGGUACCUGAGAAACCAGCUAAUAGGAUUGCUUUCUGCGGUUGCCACUGCGCCAUUAGGGUAGAGUUUGAGCGAGAGAAAUAACUAUUGUAAAAGGAAACUACUGUGGAAACAGGAACUGUUAUUGUUACACGAAUAAAAUAAAAUCCAUAUUACAUGA